UGGCAGUGAAUCGGCUGAUGUUCAUAGUUACAGUGGGGUUCAAUGUUGUUGCUAGGAUUUACCCAGGUCUGUGGUCUGCAAUGUUCAUGGUGUAAACCCGAACUUUCUAAAAAUUGGAGAAAAAUGGCCGCAGAAAGGCAAAGUGGUCAGCAAGUUUUCUCUAAAGGUGCAUACGUCUUAGGAAAAAUGGUUUGGGCAAAAGGCUACAGGGAGUUGAUAGACCUGUUAGCAAAGCACAAAAGUGACCUUGAUGAUUUUAAUAUGGACGUGUUUGGAAAUGGGGAAUAUGCUCAUGAAGUGCAGACAAUAGCUUGGACGUUAAAUUUGAAUGUCAACUUCAUGAAAGGCAGAGACCAUGCCAAUGAUUCUUUUCAUAGGUAUGAACCCUUUAGUUAA